GUGGUCUAAGCUCAGCAGUCACAGAAAAUCCAAUAUGGUGUCCGUUUUUCAGCGGUUUACGUCCGAUGCCCGUAUUUUGAAGUAAAAUCGUUAUCCGGCGAACGCGGAGUUAGCGGUAAUUAUGAAAAUUCGAUUGAAACCGUCGCGCCGCAUGUAAAAGUUCUCAUGCCACUGCGCUUCGCGUACGAUCAGUAACUGUAAGAAAGAGAUCAGUGCCUCGAAGACAGUGGUGAGACCCCCUGUCUUUUGGUGUGUUGAAAUUUUGCGAAAUAGAAAAAUACUGAAAAUUCGAAAAUGGAAACUGACAAGGUAGAAGUUUGCGCGGAAGUGAGUGAUCCUGAGGUGGCGGCGAUAAAAAUUAAAGAGACGAAGCAGAACUCGAUAGCGGAUGUCACGACGUUAGAUAUAAAGUCACGUCUUAGUUUGGAGACGACAACCGAGACUCGUAGCGAGCCUCACGUCAACGGGAUAGCUCAAGUAAAUGGUAUCUGCGACUCUCCACAAAGAACUGCCGAUAUCGCCGAUCUUUCCCUACAAUCUGGAACAAUGGGAACUAGUCAUUUAAACCAACACGAACAAGCAGAAACAUUAGCUUUGGAAAGUAAAGACAACGAUAUCCAAUAUGUUAGCUAUACAAGUGAACUGCAAAUGCCUGAUAUUAUGAAAUUAAUACAGAAGGACCUAAGUGAACCAUAUUCUAUUUACACAUAUAGAUAUUUUAUUCAUAAUUGGCCGAAAUUGUGCUUCCUGGCAAUGCAUGGUGAUGAAUGUGUUGGUGCCAUUGUCUGCAAACUGGAUAUCCAUAGGAAGGUAAUAAAACGUGGUUACAUUGCAAUGUUAGCUGUUGAUGUGAAAUAUCGAAAACGGAAGAUUGGCUCGAAUCUUGUAAGGCGAGCUAUCCAGGCGAUGGUGGAGGAUGAUGCGGAUGAAGUAGUCUUGGAGACUGAGAUCACCAACAGACCAGCUCUACGUUUAUACGAAAAUCUUGGAUUCGUACGAGAUAAACGGUUAUUUCGGUAUUACUUAAAUGGUGUGGAUGCAUUACGACUGAAAUUAUGGCUCAGGUGAAAUUCAUCUGCGUGCUUAUGUCAAUAGGUAUUUAAAUAAUUACAAUGUUGUAGAGAUAUAACAUCUAUGCUCUACCAUGUCAGACAGAAAAAGUAUAUGACAUUAAUGUCAAAGAGAUUAUAAAUAUUUC